UCCCCCACACUCCGAGAAAGCUUGGCUUCUACUACUACUACUCCAACACAAUAACUACGCCACCCACAAACACACCCGCAGCCGCGGCGACAGACACCCAACGGCUCCGUCAUCAUCGCCACCACCACCACCACCACCGCUUCUUCUAGAUAGCUCGCGGUGCCGUCAUUAGCCGCUGGAGCAGAGCAGAGCCUCGACGAGUCCCACAUCGGUCAGGCAUCCAGGCAGGGAGGCGUCCAAGCUAGAUAGAGGAGAGCACGGUGCGGCAUGGGCGCCGGGAUUAGGAUCUUGGCGGUGGCGCUCCUGGCGCUCGCGGCGGCCGGCGGCGCGACGGCGCAGCUCCGGCAGGACUACUACUCCGCCAGCUGCCCCAACGUGGAGGCCAUCGUGCAAGCCGCGGUCGCCCUCAAGGUCCAGCAGACGCCCGUCGCCGUCGGCGCCACCGUCCGCCUCUUCUUCCACGACUGCUUCGUCCAGGGAUGCGACGCGUCGGCCAUCAUCGUGUCGACGGCGAACAACACGGCGGAGAAGGACCACGUGAGCAACCUGUCCCUUGCCGGCGACGGCUUCGACACCGUCAUCAAGGCCAAGGCGGCCGUGGACACGCAGUGCCCCAGCCCCAACCUGGUGUCGUGCGCGGACAUCCUCACCAUGGCCACCCGCGACGUCAUCGGCCUGGCCGGCGGCCCGGCGUACGCGGUGGAGCUGGGGAGGCUGGACGGGCUGGUGUCGACGGCGAGCAACGUAGACGGGAACCUGCCGCCGCCGUCGUUCAACCUGGACCAGCUGACGGCCAUCUUCGCCGCGAACAACCUGUCCCAGGCCGACAUGAUUGCGCUCUCCGGGGCGCACACGGUGGGGUUCGCGCACUGCGGGACGUUCACGGGCAGGAUCCAGACGGCGGCGGUGGACCCGACGAUGGACCCGGGGUACGCGUCGCAGCUGCUGGCGGCGUGCCCGGCGGGGGUGGACCCGAACGUGGCGCUGGAGAUCGACCCGGUGACGCCGCACGCCUUCGACAACCAGUACUUCAUCAACCUGCAGAAGGGGAUGGGGCUGCUCACCUCCGACCAGGUCCUCUACGCCGACCUCCGCUCCCGCCCCACCGUCGACGCAUGGGCUGCCAACAGCUCCGACUUCCAGGCCGCCUUCGUCGCCGCCAUGACCAACCUCGGCCGCGUCGGGGUCAAGACCGACCCGGCGCUCGGCAACAUCCGCCGCGACUGCGCCGUGCUCAACAGCUGAAGCUGGUUGAUUUUCUUCAUUGGCUGGGCCGGCAGGAGAACAAGAUGCUGUGCAAGCUCCAUCGAUGUCAUCAAUUUGUUCAUAGUUAGCUUGGCCACUCAGUGGAGUGGUGCUGAAAUUAUAAUACUACAAAGUAGCUUUCAGGACACAGGUCUAGUUCUAAUCCAUCAGAAGGUUAAUGGUUGAGGACGCUGUUAAGUUGAGUUGAGCAACAUUUGUUUUGAUCUA